AUGUCAUCAUGUUUAGAGAAUCAAGAUCGUCUUUCAUUAUCGGAUAUUCUUAUGGCACAUGUUUAUAUUCGCGCACUGCUUAUCUAUGAUUAUCCGAUUGUUAAUCUGGAAGAAUCUUUUCAUGAGUAUCUUCAGUUGUAUUGUCCGCAAGCGUUUCAAACAAUUGUUUAUGAAAAAGAUAGUCCAUUGGAUGGACGUAUUGUUAAAUGUGAAAACGAUCAAGAACGAAAUGUGUUUUCACGUGAAUCAAGAACAACUGAAAGUAUUUUUAAAUAUUCGAGUCCAAAUUGUUCGAUAGAAGAUUUAUUUCCAUAUGGUUUGAUGCCAACCGAUAGUUCACCUCUUAUUUUUCUUCAUCAAAUACAUUUUCAAGAUGGAACUGCCUUACUCUUUGGUUGCCAUCAUCAUUUAUCCGAUGGUUAUGGAUUUAGUUUAUUAGGGCAACGUUUUGCAUCAUGGUUUCAAGGAAAACAUCCAACUUUUUUUGAUCAUGAUCGAUCGAAAUUACGAUGUUUCGAUCCAUUACUUUCUAUUCAGUAUGAUCAUCAAGAAAUGAGUAUCACUCCCCCUGUACAUUCUUUACUGAAUCCGAUUUCAACCAGAACGAUUCUUAAACGUUACACCAAAGAGGAUUUAUUUGGUAAACUUGAAAUUAAAAAUGAAAAUCUUUCGAUGAAUGAUGUUCUUGUGGCAUGGCUAACAAAGCGAAUCAGUCAAAUUCGUUGUAUACCUUUGCAAACGAUAGUGAAUGUUGGUAUGGCAAUGAAUGGACGAAGAUUAUUGCCGAAUAUAGAUGAAAAUUAUUUUGGCAACUCUCAACGAAUUAAUAUAGACAAAAGAGAAUUCAUGAAACGGGAAUAUAUUCAAUCAGCAUUGGCAUUUAUUGAUAAACAUCAUCGGUCAUCUAGGAUUCAUUUAGGUUGGGAACCAAACGGAGGAAUUGAUUUAUCAUUCAGUAAUUGGUCAAAAUUUCCUCUAUAUCAGUGUGAUUUUGGUCAAGGCAAAGCAAAAUAUUUUCAAAUUCCUCAAAUUAUAUUCGAUGGACUUAUUCUAAUUUUACCAACAUUGAAUAAAGAUGAAGUUGAAAUCCAUAUGACAUUAAAUGAGCAACAUGCACAAUUACUUUCGGUGGAAUUGUUCUGA